AUGCUCUUUCAAAUACCGGCCGUCCGAUACCCAUCAACCCCCUCACCACCUUCGUCUUCGUCUUCGUGUUCGUCUCCGUCCCCUCGAAACCCUCCACGGCGAUCUCCACGCUCUCGGAUGGAGUCGAACGCGAUGGUGUGGUUUCGGAAGGGUCUGCGGAUCCACGACAACCCGGCGCUGGACCACGCGCGGCGCGGCGGCUGCGCCCGCCUCUUCCCGGUCUUCGUGCUCGACCCGCGCUAUCUCGAACCGGACCCGACUGCCUUCUCGCCCGGGUCCGCCCGGUCCGGCCUGAACCGGAUCCGGUUCCUCCUCGACAGCCUCGCCGACCUCGACUCCGCCCUCCGCAGCCUCGGCUCCCGCCUCCUCCUCCUCCGCGGCGAACCCGCCCCUCUCAUUUGCCGCGUCUUAAAGGACUGGAAUAUCGGGAAGCUUUGCUUUGAAUUUGACACGGAGCCGUACUCUCUAGCACGCGAUAAGCAAGUUUCGGAUUUUGCCUCUGCUUCAGGAAUCCAGGUGUUUUCUCCCGUUAGCCACACCCUCUUCAACCCCGCAGAUAUCAUAGAAAAGAAUGGGGGGCGAGCGCCUUUGACGUAUCAAUCAUUUGUAGCACUUGCCGGGAAGCCCCCAGAGCCGCUAUCUGUGACGUAUCAUGAGCUUCCUCCUGUAGGAGAUACUGGGGAAUAUCAAUUGCUAAGCGUUCCGAAAAUUGAGGAACUUGGCUAUGGAGAUAUUAGUCAGGAAGAGUUUUCUCCCUUCCGAGGGGGUGAGUCAGAAGCUCUGAGGAGAUUGAAGGAAUCGCUUAAGGAUAAGGAGUGGGUAGCAAAAUUUGAGAAGCCGAAAGGUGACCCCUCCGCUUUCCUAAAGCCAGCAACCACUCUCUUAUCACCAUAUCUGAAAUUUGGUUGUCUUUCUUCGAGAUACUUUUACCAAUGCCUUCAUGAUAUCUACAAGAGUGUUGGAAAGCAUACAUCGCCUCCGGUUUCGCUGGCUGGGCAGUUACUGUGGCGAGACUUCUUCUAUACGGUGGCCUUUGGAACUCCUAAUUUUGACUGUAUGAGAGGCAACAAAAUCUGCAAGCAGGUUCCUUGGAGGGAUGAUGAAGAAUUGCUUGUAGCUUGGAGAGAAGGUCAGACAGGAUAUCCUUGGAUUGAUGCUAUAAUGAUCCAGCUGAAGAAGUGGGGAUGGGUUCACCAUCUAGCACGGCAUUCCGUUGCAUGUUUCCUGACACGUGGCGAUCUGUUUAUCCACUGGGAGAAGGGACGUGAUGUCUUCGAAAGACUACUGAUAGAUUCUGACUGGGCCAUAAACAAUGGUAAUUGGUUAUGGCUCUCCUGUUCAUCCUUUUUCUAUCAGUAUUAUCGAAUUUAUUCUCCAAUCUCUUUUGGGAAGAAGUACGAUCCAAACGGAAACUACAUAAGACAUUUUCUCCCGGUGUUGAAAGAUAUGCCUAACGAAUAUAUAUACGAACCUUGGACUGCCCCACUAAGUGUUCAGAAGAAAGCAAGGUGCAUUAUUGGGAAGGAUUAUCCAAAGCCAGUGGUUGAUCACGAUAUCGCUAGCAAGGAAUGCAGGAAGAAGAUGGCAGAAGCUUAUGCAUCAAAUCAUUCAGGUGAGAAUGUGCCGAGUGGGAGGUCCUCAAAUGUCUUGCGAAGGAAACUGCAAAAUGAGAAUCGAGAGGGUUCUCCACCAACGAAUUCUAAACAAAGGAAAAAACACAGUUUGUUAUGAAGCGGCGAAAGGACUGCAGUCAUACUCUUUUACGCACUAUUCACUGAUAACAAGCAAUUUGUAGUUGUUACUAAUUCGAGCGCAGAAAAAGGUGGCUAUGUUUGAUCGACCUGAUGAGUAGCUUUUACUGUGUGUAGUGUCUGCUUGUAUUUGUAGGAUUCCUGCAAGAUUCAAUUUGAGAUGAAGCUUGAUAGAUUUUGGUAAUUAGUACCAGUUAACACAAACAGCAAUGAAGAAUAUUUCUCUUAAACUUAAACAAACACCGCCAACCGGGCGGAGAUUGAUGUAUUGCAAAAUCCCAAAGUUCAGUGACAUCUCCACCAGAAUCCAACUUUCCUUCUUGCUUA